GUCAGGACAGGACACGGGGUCACCAGGGGUCACCUGGCAUCCAGGCGGGUUCAGGGGUCGCCUCUAGCUUCCCAGGACGGUCAGUCAUGGAACGCGUGGGCAGGAAGCACAGCAGGGGGGCUGCCAAGGCCCACUUGGAAGCUCAAGGAAAGGAUCCAGUAAUUGAUGAACAUGAGGAAAGAAACCCUUUUAUAGAAGCAAAGGAGGAAGAUGUAACUGCUGAGCAGGGGGAAAGAGAACUUCUUGAUGAAACAGAUGAAUAUGAGGGGGUUGAUACCAACAAGCUAGAAGAUAUUGCAGCUGACAUUAGAGAGGCUCUUGUUGCAAGAAAAAAAAUUAUUAAAAUGGAUAAAGCAGCUUACAGGAAAAUAACGAACACAAUUGAACGUGCUUUGAGUAAAAAACAACUAAAAAGGCAGAAACGUGAUUAUAGACAUACUCUGAAGUUGCUGCAUGUCCUUGAAGAAUACAUCGCAGAUGAGCAGCAGGAUCAUGAUGAAGAAGAAACAGAAUCAGAAGCAGAAGAAGAAAGAGAAAAAGCAGAAGCAGAAGAAGCAGCAGAAGAACCAGUAGAAGAAGAAGAAGAAGAGGAAGAAGAAGAAGAAGAACAAGAAGAAGAAGAAGAAGAAGAAGAAGAAGAAGAAGAAGAAGAAGAAGAAGAAGAAGAAGAGGAGCGACCACCACCACCACCACCACAAUAUAUAAUUAAAACAUUUCAACAACAACAGAAGAAGUGGCAAGAACAUAGAAGUGUUAGGAUAAAGAGGCUAAAAGAGAUGAAAUGUCUACAUGAGCAAUUCCUAAAGGCUACCAAGGAGACUGGAAACAGUUAUUACAGCAUUUUUUCUGAUGAAGAAAGUGAACUUGAUGACUAGCUAUGUUUUGAAAAAAAAUUGUGUCAGAACUAUUUUGGAAGAGUUGGAAGCUGCUCAGUUGUCUCUUCAACCUGUGUUAUUCUGAUGACUGAAGAAAUAACUUGAACCUAUGUUAUAUGAUACAAGCAUAACUUGAGCUAUAGUAGACUACAUGACAGUGUUUUGAAAAUUCUUGUAUAAAUUAGUAUAGCUCUUCUGUCAUUUGUCUGUUAAAGGCCAGACCUCAUUUCUAUGAUCUGUUGAAUGAACCCUAGACACUUCUGUGAGAAAGCAGCAUUUGCAGUUAUGUACAUGGUUAAUUAAAUUUUAACAUUAAAGAUAAUUUAAAUGUAGGUUUGGCCUCUGUGCAUAUUUAUCAGUUCCAAAAAUGUAGAAAGCAUGGGCAUGGAAAAGUACAGAUUUUUCUAAUAAAAGAUGACAAACUGGCCGGGUGCAGUGGCUGAUGCCUGUAAUCCCAACACUUUAGGAGACCAAGACUGGCCAACAGGAGUAUGAGACCAGCCUGGCCAACAUGGUAAAACCCCAUCUCUACUAAAAUUCAAAAAUUAGCCGGAUGUGGCACACAUCUGUAGUCCCAGCUACUGGGGAGGCUGAAGCAGGAGGAUUGCCUGAACCCAGGAGGGCGGAGGUUGCAGUGAGCCAAGAUUGUGCCUUUACACUCCAGCCUGGGCAACAAGAGCAAGACUCUGUCUCAAAAAAAAGAAGACGACAACAAAACCUAUCUUAUCUGUGCAUUCUUUU